CUGCCACCAACGACAGGUUACCUUCUUCGGGCCCUUCUCACCAUUUCCUCAUUUAAGCCCCGUGUGCCUUGCUCCUCGGUGUUUCCUCCAGAUAGUAGUGUUUCCUCAGUGGACUAGUGUGAAGCUGUGCUUAGCGUAGCGGAAGGGAGGAAGGACAAGGCAAGGCAACUGAUGGCGGCGGGCGGCGGAGGCGGCUCGCCGGCGCCGUUCGUGUGGAAGACGUACACGAUGGUGGAGGACCCCGGGACGGCAGGGGUGAUCGGCUGGGGCAGCGGCAACAACAGCUUCGUCGUCGCCGACCCCUUCGUCUUCUCGCAGACGCUGCUCCCCGCGCACUUCAAGCACAACAACUUCUCCAGCUUCGUCCGCCAGCUCAACACCUAUGGCUUCCGCAAGGUUGAUCCGGACCGGUGGGAGUUCGCCCACGCGUCGUUCCUGCGCGGCCAGACGCACCUCCUGCGCAACAUCGUCCGCCGCGGCAGCAGCGCCGCCGGUGCCGGAGGCGGAAAGAGGAAGGACGCCAGCCCCACGGAGCUGGCCUCCGGGGACGACAUGACCAUGGUGGCCACGGAGGUGGUGCGCCUCAAGCAAGAGCAGCGCGCCAUCGACGACCGCGUCGCCUCCAUGUGGCGCCGCGUGCAGGAGACGGAGCGCAGGCCCAAGCAGAUGCUCGCGUUCCUCCUCAAGGUCGUCGGCGACCGCGACAGGCUGCACCGCCUCGUCGGCGACGCCCCCGUGCCAGAUAACGGGUUCGCCUCCGGCGGUGCCGCCGAGCCGCCCGCCGCGGAGGUCGGCGAGAAGCGGGCCAGGCUGCUGCUCGACGGUGACAGCAUGGUGGCGCUCGGUCCCGAGGCCGUCGACUUCGCCGGGUUCUACAGCGGCGGCGGUGCGUUCGGCGAUGUUGCCGUGGAUGCUGCCGCUGGGUCCCGCGGAGGCGGGUUCUCGUUUGCGUUCGGCGUGGACGCGGGGUACUGAAUGACGAGCAGGCGCCGCCAUUGUCAGCAGCUUGGCCCGCUUAUGCUGCUGUCGAGCUUCCUGCCAAUGCCAUUGCGCUGAGCGGCGGCAGCCGUCACAUGGAAGCAUGGCAGGGGAUGGAUGAUAAUGAUGUUAAGUUCUAUCCCUGCUACAUGGAUAGGAUGUGUGUCUGAUGCUGCUUUUCGUGGAUCUAUAUGGGCGGGGAGCGACUACUGCGUCGAGAUCUAAAAAUAAGGGGAUAUACUGUCAUGGAGUGUGACCUUCGAAGUUCCCAAUAUGAGUAGGUUUGAUGUUGUACAUGACCAGUGCAGCAGCACUAAUAUUUCAAUCUCCUGCGGAUACGCAGCUGGAAAAUUGGCAUCGCUAUUAUUUAGCCCUUUUCUAA